AUGCCGACGCCGCCUCGAGCAAAAGCCCCUCCUCACGUCCAAGCUCAAGCUCAAGCUCAAGCUGCUGCUCGAUCCCAACGCCGCCUCGAGUCGACCUUUGACGUCCAAGCCACCACCAUUCCUCCGGGCCUCUUUGGGCGCCACACCACCCACAUCAACGCCAAGUCGUACGUUGCGGCCAGCAGCGACAUCAGGUACUUCCUCGUCGACAAAUCGCGAGCUGCGCAGGCCGCCAAGGACAAGGCCACCGCCUUGGGCAAGUCCAUGGUCAGCUGGUCCACCAUCCUGGCCACGCCGACGGCCGACACGCCCGGCGCGUGCCUCUAUCUCCAUCAUGACAACCGCCGCUACCUGUUCGGCAACAUCUCGGAGGGCACCCAGCGUCUCAUGGUGCAGCGCAAGGUGUCCCUGACCAAGACGGAAGAAAUCUUCGUCACCGGCCCUGUCACCUGGCACAACGUCGGCGGCCUGCUAGGCAUGGUUCUUUCCAUUGCCGAAGGCAUAUCCAGCACGCUGAAAGGCCAACUUCAACCGACUUCCAAGCCAGGCAAAUCCCAGACCAAGAACAGCACUCCCUCCAAGCCCCCCAGUGUCGGCGUCCAUGGCGCCGAAAACCUUGCCCACAUGAUUGCGACCGCCCGACGCUUCGUCUUUCGAAAGGGCAUCCCGAUUCGACCACGCGAGGCUCGCGCAGACCCCCGAGCGAUAAAUCCCGAGAACCACGCCCCGGACUGGCAGGACGAGAACAUCAAGGUCUGGUACGUGCCUCUCUAUGCCGAAGGCGAACAGCGGUCCACGCGCAAGAGGGACCGUGACACCACUACCGAGGCGAGCGACGGCGACGGCGAGCGAACACUGGCGGGCAAGGAACUGGUGGAUUCCGUGGUGAACCACAUGUUUGACUCGGACUGGCAGUUUGACGCUCUGUUCGAGACAACACUCCACCAAGCCCAGCUCCCAGCGACACUCUUUGUCAAGGAUGCGCAGGGUCAUCUGAAACAAUACGACGGCCCGCUUCCGGGCAGCGGCGCUCAUGUCAAAGAUAUCCCCGUGCUUGUCCGCAAGCCAUGGCCAGGUGCGACUGUUGCGAACCUGCCAAGGACAACCCCUGUGCGGCAGUCCAUGUGCUACAUCGUCAAGAACCAUCCCAGGCGAGGGAAGUUCAAUCCUCAAGCUGCUCAGAAGUACGGCGUCGCCAAACAAGACUACAAGGUGUUGACAAGCGGUGGAUCUGUCCAGGGCGCGGACGGCACCCUUGUCACUCCAGACAUGGUUGUCGCAGCCACAGUCGAAGGCAAUGGCUUUGCCAUGGUCGACAUACCCGACCCGACUUAUAUCAGCUCGCUCUUGGCAAGACCGGAGUGGACAACCCAGGAAAUCUUCAAGAAUAUCUUGACCAUAAAUUGGCUGCUUGGUCCUGGUGUCCUCGACGAUCCGAGAUUACAAGACUUCAUGGCCAAGCAUACCUCUGUGAGACACACCGUCUUCUCUUCCGACACCUGCCCCAACCACCUUGCUCUGGAGUCGCCAGCCGUCAUCCAGAUCAAGCUUCACAGGCUAGAUCCCGAUAGAUUUCCCAUACCUCGAUACAGCAAUGUCUCUCCUUACCAAGAAGAGUCGCGGACGCUGCCAAUAGAGAUCGCUCGGCCUGGUGCUACUGUCAGCUUGGCUCCGCAGGCGGUGUUCAAGGACGACAACAUCGUGCCCUUCCUGGACACUACUGAAGCACUCAACACGCUUGACGACGAGAUCAUCAAGCUCGCCGACGCUGCCCGUGCCAAGAUCGCGGACAAGGACUUCCUGUCUCGCAUCGAACAGGCCGAAAAGGACAUUCCUAGCCGGGAUGCCGAGGUCAUACCUCUAGGAACGGGAUCAGCGGUGCCUUCCAAAUAUCGCAAUGUAUCCUCGACACUCGUCCGCGUACCGGGGCACGGGUCUUAUAUUUUCGACGCUGGCGAGAAUACGCUCGGGUCCCUGAAACGUCUUUACGGGCCUGAAGGUGCGCAAGAAGUCCUGCGAGACCUCAAGCUCGUCUGGAUCAGCCAUCUCCAUGCGGAUCACCACCUGGGCACAGCGAGUGUCAUCCGCGGGUGGCGCGACGCGACUGCCGCGUCGGAGGCACACAAGGACGCCCGGCUGUCCGUUGCUUCGCAUUGGCAGAUGCUCAGCUGGCUGCGCGAGUACGCCGACGUCGAAGACUACGGCUUCGACCGCCUGCGGCUACUGGAGGUGAAGAAGGAGGCGAGCUCCAAGACCGCCCACCCCCUGGUCUUCAGCACGGCCGCCGGCCACCAGGACGUCUCGGACACGGGCGGCCUGGCGCGCAUCGACGCCGCGCACGUGGACCACUGCUUCGGCGCCUACGCCGUCGCGCUCACCUGGCCGUCGGGCCUCAAGGUGGCCUACUCGGGCGACUGCCGGCCGUCGGACGACUUCGUGCGCAUCGGGCGGGGCGCCACGCUGCUGAUCCACGAGAGCACCUUUGACGACGGGCUCGAGGGUGAGGCCAAGGCCAAGAAGCACAGCACCAUGGGCGAGGCGCUCGACGUCGCGCGCCGCAUGGGCGCGCGCCGGGUCCUGCUCACGCACUUCUCGCAGCGCUACCCCAAGAUCCCCAUCUUUGACGCCGAGCCGCCCGAGAGGGACGGCGGCGGGGACGACAUGGCGGUGCUCAUCGCGUUUGACCUCAUGAGGGUGAAGCUGGGCGAGUUUAGGCAGGCGGCUGCUUUCCUGCCUGCGCUGCAGGGUCUGUUGAACGAGGAAGAGAAGAAGAAGGACGACUGA